AUGCCUCGUCCUGCGGCCAAGCGGAAUCGCUCACUGAAAGCAAUCCAAGUGACUAGAUCAAAGGCCGCACAGGAGGAGCCGGCGUCUGCUGAACCCAGCGACGUCCCUGCGCCCCGAUCCCCCUCGGCCGAAAACGCGUCCAAAGGCCCAAAGCGCGCACUUCGAAGUCAGACGCCCUUGGCGCAACGAAACGAGAAUGCCAUUGCUUCAUCGCCUGGGGGUGAUCAGCUCGGUACGGGAAGUCGACCCGGGACGGGCAGUCGGCCACCAACCCGAUCGCGAGGAUAUUCCUCGACACUUUCUCUCGCGGGGCGCAAAGGUGACACGGGCUCACGCAUCCCCGGGACGCCUGGCUUUGAGAACUCUGUCCUAGGAAACUUUCGACGACGCCCGCGACAGCAGAGUAUUCUUCAUAUGAUGCAGGCGGAGGACGACACGCUGGAGCUGGAGGAUGACGAUUUAUUGGGGGGGCUCAGUCCCGAGGAUGAAUCAACAACACCCCUCCGGAUUCCUCGGGGUAAAUCGCUGCUGAUCUCCCAGGACGAUACCUUACAGACGCCGUCGAAAUCCACACCUUCAUCUCCGGGGUCACGAAAGCGCAGGCGGUCUGCUGAAGAGCAGAUGAUCGAGGUUCAAGUACCUCAGUCGCCCUCAGUGGUGAUCAAUAAUUCCGUGGUCGAGACGGUGGCAGAUACGCCAAAUACGACGCAAAUCCCGCAAAGCCAGUCUAUUCCGCCAAGUCAAACCAUCCCACAAUCGCAAACGUCUGAUCUGUACCAGAGUACACCGCAGCCUCUACGGUUUGCCGAUAUUCUGAGUCAAACCAUGCUUCCUCCCGCCAGCAGUCCGAUGAGCUCAAUCGCGGUCACCCCCGGUUCACCUGCAGCGCCCGUUCAGAAGGGUCGGCGAGGGAGGAAACCGCGAGACCUUGCACAUCUAUCGACUGCAAUAUUACAAGAAAAGGCACUUCCACGACGGCGUAAACCUCGCCGUCGAGGCCGCACGCUGGGUGAAUAUGAAGUACCCAGCGAUGAGGAGGAGGAUGGCGAUGAAGACGGUCAUGGGAGCGAUGAGGCCAUCCACCAUGCGGCAUCGGAUGAUGAGGACGAGCUCAACCACCAACCUACGAGACGGACACGGCGGAGUGGUGGCUCCGCCAAACUAAAGCCUCUCGGGAACGCGCGUGAUAAAUCGAGACUGAACAGUCCCACCAAGACGAGAACCCGAUCCAAGUCAGCGCCACGAGGAAAAUCCGUGGAAGCCCAGGGAUCUGUGCGGCGUUCGCGAUCAAGAAAAAGCGUAGGCACGGAUAAGGAGAAUAAUGCACAGGUGCCAUCUCGAUCAUCAUCCCCCUUGUCCUCUCCGCCUGAAUCGGAUGGAUCAGAUUCUGAACCAGAAGCCGAAAUUGAAAAGGCGCCUCGCCGUAUUGUGAGCGCAGAACUACGCGCCGCGGUGGAGAAAUUCAAAGAGGUGGAUCAGUGGCAGAUGGAGUUUGAGGAUGUCUCUGGGUCGGAGGAAUAA